AUGCACGUACGUACCUUAAUCGCAAACUCAUCAAGCUCCAAAUUUGGGAUACAGCUGGUCAUGAAUGGUUUCAAACCAUCACCACUGAUAGUCUCUUCUCCUAGCAGCUCUGAUGAGUUUAAGGUUUUGCUUCAGGUGGGACGGAGGUUACCACUGCCUACGAGCACAUAUAUGGCGUUUAAGAUGCUAGAUUGCACCAUGAAGCUGCCAAAACAGUUGUUCGGGAAGGCGGAGUAG